AUGGCUAGAACUAAAGGUGCAUCAUCUUAUUGUGGUGAGGCUUCAUCUUCUAGUGGUGAGCCUUCAUCUUCUAGUGAUGAAAGGAGGCGACUUACGACAUCUGCUCGUAGAAGACAUGUAGAAGAAUAUCGCGUGGACGUCAUUGAUGAGCAUGAUCAUGAGGAGCAAGAGGAGUUUAUACACCAUGAACAUGGUGAGGAUGAUUAUGUUGAGCACGAGGAUGUUCAGCAGCAAGAUAACUCUAGUGAGGAAGAACAUGAAGAUGAAGAUGAAGAUGGUGGAUUCCCAGGAGGUCCACAUGACACCUCCUUACUUACCCAACACGUUGCAUUUGUCAUAUGGGGGAUCAAGGUGAUCUCCCAUGGGAAAAAGCUGAAGCAUUUUGGAAUGUACCAUGAGGUUAUUGAGCCUUAUAUCUCCAUGUUGGGGUUGUGUUCCUUAGUGAACCUAUCAUACGAGUAUGUUGAUCACAGAUUGAUCGUUGCCCUUUCGGAGAAAAAUAUUUUCCACCUCUCGAUAGGUGAGAUGAGCGUCACAUUAGAUGACGUUCUCAAUCAGCUCCACCUACCCAUCAUGGAUCAAUUUUGUGAGGUCGAGGAGUUAGAGUAUGAUGAGAAACAGUCACACGGUCCAAAAGUUAGGUUGAGCUGGCUCCACAAGGUCUACCAGGAGUGCAUUGAGCAGGAGCGUUCGGAGUGCGCUGCUCGGGCCUACUUGUUGCAUCUACUUGGAUGCACAAUUUUUUACAAAUAA